AUGUUACGCUUCAUCCUAAAUGCUGUUCGUAAAAAAGGAGUGCAUCAACUUAAUGCGGUGGUUAAGGUUGUGUUUGACCCUCGUCAAAGGUGCCAGCGACCACUUACACCAUAUCCAUUUCCUCAGAAUGGUGACAAAAGUAAGGAAGAAGAUGAUGAUUUCGCUAAACCUGGAGGUGAAUCUGCUAAGACUGAAAGUUUUUCAUAUGCGGGUGAAGUGAUGUCAUCCAAUGUCGCAGUUCGACUCGCUUUGGGGAAUCAGGAGGGUCAGUCAGUAAUUACGGACAAAUUUUAUUUGCCCGCUACAGUUCCUGAAUGGUCCGUCUGGUAUGAUCGCUACGAGAGCCGUGGAAGUCGAAAAAGGCGAUUGGAAGAAGAAAAGAAAGAAGAAGAUAAAAAAUGUGGUGCUGCUUUUCAGUUCGAUUCGCCAUCCAAGAAACGGCGCAAGAAAGAGACUACGAUUGACACUGAGGCUUCUAUUGUUCUCGUUGAUCUUGAGAGUGAAAGUGAAUUGACAUCGUCAACUCAGUCGUCUAGUAAACUAUCUUCGCAAUCGUCUGUUGAGCUGUCUACGCAGUCAUCUAGUGAACCCUGCUCGCAGUCAUCCAGCGAUCUGUGCUCACAGUCUAGUAGUCCAUGCUCCCAGUCAUCUACUGAGGCAGGCUUGCAGUCAUCGAAUGAUCAGCCGAAAUCAGAGCAGCGGUUGAAGAUUACUUCAACAAGAACAAUGCCAGCUAAAGUCCUCCGCCCGAAGUCGUUAAAAAAUGAGGCAAGUAACAACUGGUCUGUCGAAGAAAUGAUGAAGGUGUAUGGUUCUCAAACCAAAAUCGGUCAGUUUCUGUUGUACGAAUUUACGUUUGUAUUGUUAACAAUUAGGUAA